AUGGAGUCAAGAUGCUUUACAUGUUUGUUUCUGCAUCAUUGCCCGCCUACCGAUGGCUUUAUCUUGCGCCUCAUAAGCGAAACUUUGCAAAAUAAUGUCGCGGGCGAACCCAUAACACACGAGCGGACAGAGUGGAACUUCGAUCCUGAAGCAGCAAAAAAAGCACGUGCCCUUUAUUAUGAGAAAAAUGGGUAUCGCUCGGCUGCGUUCAUUGAGCGUCUGGGCGUCGGCCUAGAUGGACGGCAUGAGGAGCGACGUUUGGCGCAAAAGGAACGAGAUGUGGGCCGUCUAAAUGGGGAGCAUAAUAUUAAUAACCCUGUGCGUUCGUUAUAG